AAGGAAGAAAACGUUAUGUAAACAGUUUUAUCUUGAUGAGAAAGCUGCAUCUCCGCCCCGGAUCACACCCACCAUGCAUAUAGCCUCAAAACCCGAACAAACAAGUUGUCACACAGGCUGAAAAAGUCCCGAGCAAGAACUGUCUACUAUAAUAGAUCACAAUCCAUAUAUUUAAUCACAAACUGGCGAGAUUUAAAAGGAAAUUGUUGCUCAAAACACGAGAUGAUUGUGAGGAAACUCUGACAGGUAAGGAGUUAAUGGAGCAUAUUCCAUAUGUCCCUCCACUGGCUCUCCACGGCUUCUCCAUGGAUAACAGUGGAGCGCACUACAGGGAUGCGCUUCGAAUUGGACUGCCCUUCCACCUAGACGCUGCAUACCUUGACCCUGUGCACGGCCAGAUGUUACCCUACAGACGAUUCUCCUAUUUCCCCUUUCACGGACCCCUCGGUGUAUGUGAUUACUCCUUUGAGCCCGCGUUCAUCCGGAAAAGGAACGAAAGGGAGCGGCAUCGAGUGCGCUGCGUAAACGAAGGUUACGCGCGGCUCAGAGAGCAUCUGCCGCAAGAGUUUGAGGACAAACGGCUCAGCAAGGUGGAGACACUGCGGGCGGCUAUUGACUAUAUCAAACACCUGCAGGGCCUGCUGGACUUAAACGUGUCCGGGAUGGAGGUGUCACUUGGAGACGUGCGUAACCGUGCGCCGCUGCCGCAGAGGACAGAGUGCAACAGUGAUGGAGAAUCCAAAACUGGCCACAGGGACAGUGGGGAGAUAGUUUACUAGCUUUCUCUCUCUCUCUCUCUCUCUCUCUCUCUCUCUCUCUCUCUCUCUCUCUCUCUCUCUGUGUGUGUGUGUGUGUGUGAUCUGCUGUACAUUAACUAAGUUGUAAAGAAAGUAAAGACAUGUAUAACUGA